AUGCUCGAGUCGCGGCACAUCGACGAAUUCAGGUACUAUUAUUACGAUCCUUCAAAGGCAGCCGCGGCAGUAUUCGUGACCUUGUUCGCCAUUUCAACUUUGUUGCACCUCUUUCAAUUGACACGAGCACGGACAUGGUAUUUCAUACCGUUUGUUAUCGGCGGCAUUUUCGAGACGAUAGGAUACGGCGGUCGCAUAGGAUCGGCUCUCCAGACGCCUAACUGGACACUCAGCCCAUACAUCGUACAGACGCUUCUCCUGCUAGUCGCCCCAGCACUGUUCGCAGCCUCGGUGUAUAUGAUCCUUGGUCGCAUCGUCCGGCUCGUGGACGGUGCACGCAACUCGAUCAUCCCAAUCCGAUGGCUCACGAAGAUAUUUGUCACGGUGGACGUGAUUUCGUUCUUGAUGCAGGGAGCUGGAGGUGGUCUGCUCUCAGCUGCCAAAGACUCAUCUGGCCUCCAGACGGGCGAAAACGUCAUCAUCGGCGGUCUGGCCGUCCAGCUCAUUGGCUUCUCCGUCUUUGUCAUUGUCGCGUCCAUCUUCCACGUGCGGACAGUGCGACACCCGACGGCCGCGUCCAGCACCGUGGCGGUGCCCUGGCAGCGGUUCAUGUUCGUCCUGUACGCCGUCUCGGCCCUCAUCCUCGUGCGGUCCCUCUUCCGUGCCAUUGAGUACGGUCAGGGCUUUGGCGGGUCCCUGCAGCACUCCGAGGGCUGGCUGUACGGCUUUGAUGCGACGCUGAUGUUCAUUGCCAUGCUUUUGUUGAACGUAUGGCAUCCCAGCAAGAUCAUUUCAACUAGUAGUCGAAAGUCGCUGGAGGCCGGAACGGAGGGAGGCUAUCAACUCCAGCAAUGA